AUGCCUAGUUUUAUCAUUCAUGAUAUUGCUUCCGGAACUACACCACCACCACCUUCAAGUUCACUACCAAAUUCACCGCCGGCGACCGUGCAAAAGCUAAGAAAAGCGAGCACUAAGGUCAUAAAACAUAUCCAAAAUGAUACUACAAUUUCUCCGAAGGUGCGAGAUAGUCUUUCUCGGAUUUUGGCGGGUGGGCUCGCUCUUGCCGAGGUUGGUGCUCAAUUCGCGGAGGACAAUGUGCGGAUUCUACGGCGGAAAAGGCUGUCGAAUACUGCUAGAACAAAGCGCAGGCUUCCGGAACUAGGCCCUCGCCUAGUUAAGGACUGUAAAAAGCAUAUUUCCGACCGUGCCGACCGAGAAAGACUACAAAUGUUCAACCGGUCGAAGAAAGCAUGGCGGGACGCCGCUAUUUUAAAAGCAAUUGAGGACGGCGACAUUGAGGAUACAGGUGAAAUUCAGGAGGAUCCCGAUACAGAAAUGGCCCCAGAAUGGAUAGAUAAUCUUUAUUAUGUUGAUACUACUGGGGACGUUAUUUAA